CUCGAGGCUGUUUGCGUCAAGUUGCAGGGGGGCACCGCAGUGGCCAGAGGGUCGCACGCGACUCAAGGAUCAUGCGUAAAGGCAUGGAGCCGUUCCGCAUGGCGCCGCUGCUGAAAGCACCCGAGCUGAAAGUCGAGAGCAUGGCCUGCAUGGAUGACUGCCUGUACGUGGGCUGUUCCGACGGCAGCCUGGUUCAGUUCAGGACCUCCUGGCCGAGCGCUUCGCCAGCGGGCUGCCCGGCUGCCGCGACCGACAGGUCCAAGGUGCAGCUGUCCAGGAGACCAGUGGAGCAAAUCCAAGCGUCCCAUGGUCUUGUUCUCGCCCUCGCAGACAGCACGCUCAGCGUGCUUUCCAAGGACAUUCGGUCAUCCGAGCCAGUUGUGGUGUGCCGCGACGCGAAGCGCUUCUGCUUCCACACGGGGGCGGAGCAGGUCUCCCCUCGAGAGGAGGGCUCGGAUGCCGUGGAGAUCUGCGUUUCCGUCCGGAAGAAGCUGGUGCUCUACACCCGUUGUGGAAUGAGUUUUGAGCAGAAGCAGGAGUUCCCCACCUCAGACUACGCGCACGCUUUAGUCUGGCACCAGUCCUGGAUCUGCGCCGGCUUCAAGCGAGAGUAUAGCCUCUUCUCCGACACUGCUGGGUUACCCAGGGAGAUCUGCAGCCUGGAUGGCAAGAUGCUGCCACAGAUUGUGCUGGCGCCAGGAAAUGAGCUGGUCCUCCUAAUCCAAGAGAGCGUUGGGCUGCUGUACAAUUUGGGUACCCAGCAGCCUGCACCGAAGAGCACUCUGUGUUGGCCGCGUAAGGUCAUUAACCUUACAGUGGCUGGGAGCUACGCCGUGGGAACGACAGGAGUUGGGCAGGUCGACAUCUUCGGAGUCCGCGACCAGAAGAACUGUCAGACCCUGACGCUGGAAGGCUCCACGACGGCCGUCUGCUGCGCCGUUGGCGGCCGCGCACUCAUCGCGGCUGGCGGAGUAAUCGCCAUUACCACUCUGGAUCCUGUACCUUUCGCGCGGCAGAUGGAGAAGCUCUUGGUGCAGCUGCGGGUCAGCGACGCCUUGGAUUUGCUGAAUGCCACGCUUGACCCAGAGAGUCCACAGCGGGAGGAGCAGCUGGCGCGCUUCCACGAGCAUGCCGGCUGGGCGAUGUUCAGAGACCUUCAGUUUACGGUGGCCUUCCAGCACUUCAUGUACUCCACCAACUUUCGGCUGGAGCAGCUGCUGCUCUUCUGGAGGCGGCACCUCCCGUCGGGCUGGCAGCCCGCGGCCGACCUCGCGCAACGCACCGCGGAGAGUGGCGCACCGGAGCCGCUGGAGAUCGAGCAGUUUGUGCGCCACAGGCUUGAAGAGAAGCACACCCACGACGAGUCCGCCGUGUCCGCAAACGUCGAUUUGGCCAACAAUGCCAUGGUCAUGCUCCUGACCAGGCAGCGCGAGGCACUCCAGGCCACGGAGCGGAUGCACCGGGAGGAGCGGCCGCCCUGGCUCAAGGACCCCUCGGCGCUGCUGCGCGCCGUGGACGCCGUCCUGCUGCGGCUGCUCGUCGAGACCGGCGGCGACGACGCCCGGCUGCAGAGGCUUCUGGACGAAGGCAUGCGGUGCGCGCCCGAGGACUGCGAGGGCUUCCUGCGGCAGCGCCGCCGCCCGGACGUGCUCGCGAGGGUCUGGCGGGCGAGCGGGAAGCACGGCCUGGUGCUCGAGGAGCUGGCCGCCGCGCUGCAGCACCCCGACGGCGGCAGGGCCGCCUCGAGAGGGGCGCCGCAGAUCGCCGCCGAGAUGGCCGACGUGCUGAAGGCGGCGUCGGGCACGCCUGCCGGCCCCGAGCUGCUGCGCAGGUACAUUCCCAUGCUGAUUGCCACUGAGCCGAACAGUGUUCUCCCAGUCGUUGCCGUGGAGCGGCAGGCGCUGGACGUCGACGACGUGCUGCAGCUCUUGCAGGGACACGGCGGCCUGACUGUCGGAUACCUCGAGCACGUCGUCCUGGGCAAGCCAGGCGCCGAGCCGCGACAUCAGGCACAGCUCGCGCAGGGCUACAUCGCUCAGGUGGCUGAGGAGCAGCAAGGCUCCGAGAGCGACCCCGGGCGCGGCGUGGUCACCGUGCUGCGGCGCGCGCUGCUGCGGUUCCUGGAGGGCGCCGGCGCGCUGGACGCGCGGGCGCUGCUGCCUCAGGUCGAGCAGCUGGGCCUCCACGAGGAGCGGGUGGUGUUGCACUGCAGGGAGCAGCAGCACGAGGAGGCCCUGGGCAUCUUGGUAGACAUCCUCGACGACCUCCCUCGUGCGGAGAUGUACUGCCGCGUCGUCGCAGCGCGGCAGUCGCCUGCACCGUUCGCGGCGCAGGGAGACGGCUCGCAGGAGGCCGAGGUGUCGCUGUUCUGCGCGGACCCGCCCCUGUGGGCCCAGGGCGUGGUCUUCGGCAAGCGGAAGGAGCCCCCGGCCGGAGCCGCCGCCGAGUGGGACGGCCCCGGGUGCUCCCGGGGGCCGCCGCCGGGCGGCGCUGUCGGCUCCGCCGGGCCGCGGCCGCUCAUGAGUCUGCUGCGGGUGCUGCUGGCUGCCGCCGACGCGGCAGACCAGAGGCCAGCCGCACGUCGGAAGGUGUCCGCCGAGUACCGUGACGCGGUUCUGUCGCUGCUGACAGGCUACGCGGGCCAUCGUGACCUGCCACCGCAUGAGGUGAUCGGGAUGCUGCCUGGAAGCUGGUCCUUGGAGGGCUUGUCCGGCUACCUGACGAAGUGUGCACGCGUCUGUCUGCACGAGAAGAGGGCGAGCAUGCUCGAGGAGAACCUGAGCUCCAUGGCGUAUCUGAAAACUUUCACUGCCUGGGCCCAGGAGCGCAUGACUAAGGUGACCAUCACCGGGGAUCGCUGCUGUCCCGUGUGCAACAGGCGCUUCGUCGAUAAGGACUCCGUGGGCAAGGCCUUUGUUGCGUACCCAAAUACCACGUGUGUGCACCUUCAGUGCAAAGAGGAUCUAUCUGUGUGUCCAAAGACAGGAAAGAGCUUUGCGGACAACUUCUCUGUUUAUUGCUCCGCGCUGGAUACAGAAGAUGCCGAAUAACUGUUUUGUCCGGCGCAAUGCAGGCGAUGGUGAUGCGCUUGGUCUGAGCGCUAGUGGUUAGACAGCUGCGCAUUGAAAGUCAGCAUCGCCGCCUGCGACGUCGGCAAAAAGGGAA